AUGGCAGAUGAGCCUUGGAUUUCUAGCAACAUGGCUCAUGUAAGUAAAUCCAGUUAUUUAGUUUCUAUAGGAGUUGUGGUUUUCCUGUCUCUGUUUUGCUUAGCCCUUGGUGGAAAGUUGUUGUUGGUGCCAAUGGAUGGGAGUCACUGGCUCAGCAUGUGCUCAUUGCUGGUGGCCCUCAGUCAGAAAGGUCACGAAAUUGUCGUUGUUGCACCAGAAGUAAGCGUGAACAUGAAGGCGUCGAAUAACACUCUCAAAAUGUAUCCAGUGCCUUUAACGAGGGAAGAACUGGGAGCAAGCAUGCAUUCAUUUGCGAGUGAUCUUUUUGAGAUAAGACCUUUUCUUCAAAGGAUUGCUGAGCUUUAUGAAGAAGUUCAAGUCAUCUCCAGUCUCUACAUCUCUUCCUGUACCAAUUUACUGCACAAUAAGGAUCUGAUGCUAUAUCUUGAAGGGAGUAAAUUUAAUGCUGUUCUCACAGAUCCCAUUGUACCAUGCGGACAAAUACUGGCUCUGCAUCUCUCUACCCCAUCUGUUUUCUUUUUGCGGGGACUUCCCUGCAGUUUUGAUUUGCAGGCUACCCAGUGUCCAGACCCUCCUUCCUAUGUCCCAAGAACAUUUACAGACAGCUCAGACCACAUGACGUUUCUGCAGCAUGUGGAAAACUUAUUUCUGAAAUCAUCAGAAUCCUUUCUUUGCAAUUUUGCCUGUUUGCCAUUUGAACUUCUGGCCUCAGAUGUUCUCCACAGACCAGUAACAAUGAAAGAGCUCUUAAGCCAUGGAUCUAUUUGGCUUAAAAGAAUGGAUUUUGUUUUUGAGUAUCCCAUGCCAGCGAUGCCCAACAUAGUUUUCAUUGGAGGUAUAAAUUGUGGAAAGACAAAGCCCUUAUCUCAGGUCAGUGAUUUCCUUUAUGAAGUAUGUUAA